CCCCAAAGGGGUCGCGACCCACAGGUUGAGAACCGCUGCACUAGACUGAUGGGGACCCUCCCAGCAGCUGGUGAAAUGGGACCAGGGGCAAGGGCCCUGCACCUGAGUGCCCACGGGUUCUCUUCCCUCCCGACAGGGCCGCCACGCCUCUGGCCUUCCCUGACAUGCAGAGAGUUUCACAGCCCGUCCAGGACCGGGUCCCAGCGGCGCAGCCCCCGGCCCAGCCCUCCAGACCUCCGCCAGGCCAGCGCCCGCUGAGGAACAGCGGCAGCCUCUGCAAGUUUGAGGACCAAGUCCUCUGUCCCAUUUGCCUGGAGGUGUUCCGCAGCCCCGUCACCACCGCCUGCGGCCACAACUUCUGCAUGACCUGCCUCCAGGGGUUCUGGGACCACCAGGCGGCCGAGGGCGAGACGCUCUACUGCCCCCAGUGCCGAGAGAGCUUCGCCUCCAGGCCGCGCCUCUGCAAGAACGUCACCCUGGAGGAGAUGGUGACCUGCUUCACCCAGGCCAAGAGCCCGGCCUCGGCGUCCUCCUGGAAGCUGGCCGGGCCCCGGGACGUGCCCUGCGACUUCUGCGGCCCCCAGAAGCGCCGGGCCAUCAAAUCGUGCCUGCAGUGCAUGGCCUCCCUGUGCGAGAACCACCUGCGCAGCCACGCGGAGGACCAGGUGUUCCGGGACCACCAGCUCCUGGAGCCCCUGUGGGACUUCAAGAGCUGCCUGUGCCGCAAGCACCGCAAGCUGCGGGGGCUGUACUGCCGCACGGAAGGCUGCUGCGUGUGCGGGACCUGCCUGCUGGAGGAGCACAGGAACCACGACACCAUCCCCCUGCAGGAGGAGCGCGCCCGCAGGGAGGUGGAGUUGCGGCAGGUCCAGGCCAACGUGGAGAACCAGAUGCUGAUGAUCACCUCCGACAGCCAGAAGCACCGCGAGCAGGUGGCCUUUCUGCUGAAAAUGAUCCAGACAAUGCGAGAUGAGGUGCACUCCUGCUUCUCGGGGAUCAUCCAGGAAGUCAAACAGCUGCAGACGAAGGUCUUGGAUUUUGUGGAGAAAGAGGAGGCCGCCGCCCUGGAGAAGCUGGGCAGCUCCAUCCAGCAGAGCCACAACUGGCUCCUGAAGCUGGAGGCGGACAGCAUCUGGCUGCGCACCCUGCUCACCAACCCAAGUGACCAGCAGUUUCUGCAGGAGUUCCCCAGGCUAAAGAACUUCCAAGACUGCAUGGAACCCCUAAUGGGCACCAGCUGGGAGGAGAAGCAGAGCUUCCUGCAGCUGCCCCAGACCCUGGCGGAGCUCCGGAGCCGGCUGGUGGGCAUGGGGCUCAGCUUCAUCAACCAGCUCCUCCUGCAGGGCAUUAAAAUGAACUCCUACGAGGUGCUGCCCCCCACUGUGGACAGGAAGGCACUUCUCAAGUGCUACUGCAACCUGAAAUUCGACCCCGCCUGGGCCAGCGAGGAGCUCUUCCUGUUCAAGGAGACGCACUCGGUGCUGAACCUGGGCGUCCUCCUGGAGCCCUUCCCCGCCGGCGGCCCGCUGCCCGGCUUCAAGCAGUGGCCGCAGGUGCUGUGCUCGCGCGGCCUGGCCGAGGGCCGCCACUACUGGGAGGCCGACGUGUCCAACUCGUGGGUGUGCCUGGGCGUCACCUACCGCCGCAGCCCCCCGCCCGGCGGCCGCCCGCGCGGCAGCAUCGUCUACCUGCUGGGCCGCAACCCCGACUCGUGGUGCCUGGAGUGGGACUCGCUGCGCUUCUCCGUGUGGCACAACAACACGCAGACGGUGCUGCAGGGCGGCUACCACCGCACGCUCGGCGUGGCGCUCGACUGCGGCGCCGGCUGCCUGUCCUUCUACGGCGUGGCGGGCGGGGUCAGCCUCCUCUACCGCUUCCUCGCCUCCUUCCUGGAGCCGCUCUACCCCGCGGUCAUGGUCAGCAGCGGCGCCUUGGUCACGCUCAAGCAGGUGUAGGUGGGGGGGAAAUAAAGCUGGACUCCAGCGCUGGCUGGCCCCGCGGGGUCCUCUGGCUCGGGGGUGAGGGUGGGCAGCGAACCUGUCACCCAGCAGAGGUGAGUAGUAGUGACAGAGACCGACUGGCUUGCAAAACCUAACAGCUACCGUUUGGCCCUUUAGGGACAAAGUGUGCCAACUCCUGCUUGAAAUCAAUAUAAACACACAAUACCGGGAAGGACCAAGAAGAGGGGUAGAUGUGCCAGGAGGAGGAAGAACUGGAGAACCAGCCUUGUGGGGAAAUCAGGGCAGGCUUCCUGGAGGAAGUGAUAUUUGAGCUGCUAUCCGAGAUGACGGGUUAUCCGGGGAAACAGGGCCUGGGAAUCCCAGAAAACAGGCAGACCCAUAUGUCCCCAGAGCCACAGGAGAAGGGCUCUGAACCAGGCUGGACUGUCCCUGGGACUCAGGCCUUGGUUCUCCAGGCUGGUCCUGGCCACUCGCACCAGGUACCUGUCCCUAAAGGCCUUGUGGCCUGAGAGUGGGUGGGGCUUGGGCCCGGUGGCCAGACUGAGAGGUGGCACCUUACAUUGGGGGAGGGGGGAGUUCUGUCUGGGUUACUGGCUUCAUUGCAGACUAGAGGCCAGGCUGGACCCCGGCCGGGCCACGGCCCUGCGACCCUGGCAGGAGCGGGACUGGGGACUCGGCCCCUCUGCAGAAGCCGCCUCUGCAUUUCCAGCCUCAACCAGCCGCUUGUUCCCAUGGCCUCUCAAGUGGGGGCUCUCGGGGGUUAAUGAUUGGCUCUGAAGAGGACAUGAGGCAAGUCACAGGAGGAACUCCUUCGGGCCACGGGGCUGUGCCUGAACUCCACCCCCGGGCCUGUUCUCUGUUCUCGGGGAAGUGAGUGACCCCCACUUCUCGGUAGGAGCCGGCUGGAGCAGGCUGCGGGGCCUACCCUGUGGUCUGGCAGGGGUGGGCGCCCUUUGGCUCCUCUGAGCAACCUUGGCUGGGCUCUCAAGCUGACCCUCCUCCCUGCACCAGUUCCAAUCACUUUCCCCAGGGGCCGCUACCUGGUGAUGGGUAGGAAUGAAAUCUAAACCUUCCCCGAUAUUCAGGAAAACCUUUCACACCAAAAUGCCUAAAUCUCGCCUCUCCACCCCCAAAUCUUCCCGGCCCCUGCUUCAAGGAGCUGCAGGCCUCUGCAUCAUGGGGUGGAGGCAGUGAAUGCUGAGAGGGUGAAUGUGUGGGCCCAGGGGAUAGGGCCUGCUCUUGCUGGCUGCAUGGUCUCAGAGUCCUUCCCAAGGACAGGGCCGUACCCUCACCUUCUGGCUCUGAGGGACGUGUCGUCCCAGGAUGGGGUGGGGUGUGAUGCUGGCACCAUGACACCCUGGGACACGGGCUGAAACCACAUCCGGUGUAAGAGGGAUGUCGUUGCCUUUCUCAUUUGGAGCUCCUCGGCCCAUAGGCGUCCACAGUGAUAGAGAUCAUUUUGAAAUAAUUCCUAGUAUUUCAAAAAGCCGAAUGGGAAGCAGGCGAGGCUGGCCAGCAAGGCAAAAGGCCAGCGUCCUUUGCUCAUGACUCAGCAUGUCUCAUGGGGGCCCAUAUAGAGGGGCUCCUUCGGGUGCAAGAUCAGCCAGUAGCCUUGGAUAAUCCACACCAGGGAACCUUAUCCCUCCCCUUCCCCUGCUGUGGGGAGACCAGGGAGAGGCCUGACCCUGGAACGCCCCCCACACUUCUGCCUUCCUGCUCCUGCCUUGGCUUGCAAAGACUAUUUUGUUUAAUGUGAAUCCAAACAGGCUGUAAACUAAUCUGUCUCCAAGGGUUAUUUCACUAAACAAUGUUCCGUGUUAUACUUACAAAAGGAUUGGGUAAUGUUUUGCAUUUCCUUUUUUUAUUUUUAGUUUAUUUUUAUUGAUUUUUUUUUAAGAGAGAAAAACAUCAUUUGGUUGUCUCCGGCAUGAGCCCCAACCAGGGAUUGAACCCCAAAUCUGGGUCUGUG